UUCAACAGAGACUUUUGUUGUUUGCGUGAACAAAAAAAGAUUUUUUAACGUAGAGUUUUAGGAGAUAGUCGACUCGAAAUGCGUGUAUUUUGACCGGAAAGUGACGCGUUAUCGGAUAGUCGGUAGCAAAAAAGUAAAUUUCGUGCGUAAAACGAGAAAUUUAGUGGAUAAAUUUUUGACAAGAUAAAUGAAAAAUAAUGGAAGAACUGAACAGCGGCCAAUAUCAACUAGUAAACAUCGACAAUGACGACCUGAAGCGCAUUUAUCCGAUGCAAAACGCCAUCGAGUAUGUCGUGAACGACGGCACCGUCCAAUAUGGGCAACAGCAAGUGAUUCAAGUGCAAUCGCCGGAUCACGUAAACGGUCCCGUCGCCCAUCAGCAAAUCCAGCAAGUGCAGCUGUACCAAACGCAGGACUCGCAACCGCAAUUUGUGCAAAUUAGUCAGGAAGACGGCUCCAUUGUGUACCAUCAAGUCUCCGGGAUGCAACAACAAGUGCAGCAAGAAGAAACUGUCGCCGAGCCGCAACUCUUUUUGGAGCUUCAAACGCCACGCGAGCAACAAGCUGCCGCUUACAAGCCCCAAAUUCACUUGCAGCAACAGCAAACGCCGCAACCCAUCAUCAUCAAUCAAGCGCCGAGCCAAAUGCCGAAUCAACAAGUAAUUCUGCAAUCGCCGCAGCAAAUCGUCAAUUUAGUGCAUCAACCAGCAAAUACGCCGCAAGGGCAUUAUUACGUGGCAACGGCACCCGCAGCUCCGCAACAACAGCAAUAUUACAUUCCGCAGCAAACGCAACAGCAAAAUCAACAGCAGCAGCAAUCGCAGCAGCAACAGCAACAGCCGCAGGAACAACAACAAGUGCAAACGAGGAUUGUUUAUCAGCAGGCACCCACGCAGAAUUUCCAAAUUCAGCAGCCGCAGCAACGGAUUUUUGUGCAGCAAAGACAACCAACGCAAAUUUCCGGACAAAUAUUGCAAGCGAGUCCGCAGCAACAGCAAGUUAGACCGCAAAUUGUGCAACAAACGCAGCAAGUGACGCCAUCUGGAUUGAGAAUUGUGCCCCGACAAAUUCAGAGAUUGCCGACUCAAACCCAGCAAAUCCAACAACAACCGCAAUUGCUUCAACGCGUUCAAGCCCCUCGUGUUCCUCGUCAACCGCGCGCCCAAACGCCUCGUCAACCACGUGUCAAUCGCAAUCCCGGGCUCCAACAAGCCACGCCGCAAGGCAUCCAACAGCAACGCCCCAUCGUUUAUCGCAUGACGACGCCGCAGCAACGUGCCAAUUCGCCGCAAUUGCAACAACGUCCCGGCGCUGUACUCCAACGCGUCGGCACAAAUGUUCAAAUUAAGGGUCUCCAACCGGGCCAACGUUUAGUCUUUCAAGGUCAAAGUCCCCAAGGACAGAUCAAAUUACUGCAAAUCCCGCAACAACAAACGCAGGUUCAAGUUCAGCAGCAACAAAUUCCGCAGCAGCAGCAGCAACAGCAGCAAACGAAUCAAAUUCAAACAUUGAAACCGGGCGACGACAUGGAUGACAUCGAAAGUAGCAUCACGGCGGUAAUUGUGAAGAAACAAGGCCCCGAAGAAGAUGACGCCCGAACGACGGGCAUUAAACGAACAUCACAGGAAAUGUUGUCGCAUGGCGGAAAAAAGUCAAUUACGGGCCCAAAAACGACAAUUCGACCAGCUUCGAGUAUCUCAAGUCGUUCCAGCGACGAUUCUGCGGAUCGAGAAAGCGCCAAAAUGCUCGUGAUUCUCAAAAGUGGCGAACAACGUCUCAUUACUUUCACUUUGCCACGCGAAACGUGCACCGUUCAAGAGCUUUUGGAGCAAGUUAAUGUCCCCUUCGACACAGAUUCGAAUAUUCGAUGCAUUUCGAACCCCGGAUCUGACAUUGAUUACGUCGUUACAGUCGGAAUUUCGACCGAAGACUCGAACGAGAUGAUUGCUUCAGCGGAAAAUAGUUUGAAAACGCCUCGAGCUCAACCAAUAGGCACAAAUAACGCAUCGACACCUCAGCAAGGCAUCAAUAAAACGCCGCUGCAACAAAGCCAACAACAAAAACUCGGUCAAAAAACUCCCGAUCAGGCGAAAAACAACGGACCCGAUCCGAAAUACAUCAAAGGCUACUACGCCAUUUGCAAUAAUUGCGGUGCUUGUUCCUUGGAUCACUCGAAAUGCACGCGUUGCAAACGAAUUUUCAAAGAUGACAUCAAAGUUAUUCCGAUUCCGACGAGCAAUACGCCGGGACAGCAGAAAAGUGUGUUAAACACGCCGGAUAAUGUCGUGAAACGUCCCAUGGGAGCAUCGUCGCUCACAAAAGUCGCAAUUAAGACGCACAUUACGCCAGUGACGCGCGGAGGAGCACGCGGCGGAGCAAAUAGCGUGCGUGGCAGAGGUAGAGCAGCAAGACCAAAAGUCGAGGAACCCGUGAUUUUGACACUGAGUAGCGAUGACGAGGAUAAUAGUAACCCAAGUAGCAAUAGUAACGGAAAUAAUUUGCAACGAAAUGGAUCGAUAAGUGGGCAGAGUGAAAAGCCGCCAACGACGCCGCUGAAAUGUGAGCCGCCAUCAAUUUCGGAUAAUGCAAUUCCGCCGGAUUUCUGUCGUCACGACGUGAGUGGCGGCCAGAGACCCGUCGAAUUCACGUGCCGCAACAUCCGCAUCGGCACCCACAAAUACGAUCCGUCGGAGAAAGUUGUCUUUAGCAGUCGCGGAUGUCGUCUCGUUGCUCCCAGUGUGAAACGCCCGCAAGAACUUGUCAUCCUGAACAUCCAACUGUCGGAAGUUGUCAAGUUACUGUAUUGCUUCGAUAAGCGAUUAAGCGUGAUUUUCAUCUAUACGCUUCCCUCGUGCGGUUCCUACGUUCGCGAAAGCUUGGAAAUGACGCUGAACGAAGACGGUCCGUAUUUCAAUCCAGUGUCGAUGGUGAAUUCGAAGAAGAAAAUCGUUCUUUUAAUGGACAAAACGUCGCCGGAAGAGAAAGAAAAGCUGAAAGCGAUUUUCCAAGAGAACAAAAUCGAAGAGAUCACGUACACAGAUGCCAACGAAUUGCUGAUCCGCAGUCACAAAGACCCGAAUUCGACACCAAAUGUCACCUCGACGACCAAUGUGACGUCAAAUAAGAGCGAAAAUUUGCUUUUGUACCCGAAAGAGGGCAAGGGACGCAUUCCGAUCAACACCAAUGACUAUGCCUGUCUCGCAGUCGAUCAGUAUUUGAACGAUGUCAUUAUCGAUUUCUACAUAAAGUAUCUCAUGCAUGAACGUUUGACGGCAGAUCAGCGUGCUCGCACCCACGUUUUCAGCUGUUUCUUCUACAAGCGCCUCACGACAAUGGAUAAAGCUCGUCGCGCUGCCUCGGACAAAGAUUUGAAACUCACCGCAGCUCAAAAGCGAUAUCAGCGUGUCAGCAAAUGGAACAAAGAUGUCGAUUUGUUCAAGAAAGAUUUCAUCAUAAUUCCCAUUAAUGAGCAAUCUCACUGGUUUUUGGCGAUAAUUUGUUUCCCGCGACUCCAGGGGCCUGUGACGGCAGACGGGGAACGUCCCGUAAAGACACCGCUCGUGAAACGUGUGAAAAAGAAGAAUGCAGAAGCAGCAGCUGCCGCACAACAAAACUCGCAGAACCAACAACAGCAGCAAAACCAACAACCGCAAACGAAGAAAGUCAUGCUGACAAUCGGAAAUACGACGAUCACGGCGAUGAAAAAGGGAAUUAAGAACGAGUCGAUUGAAGUGCCUGGGGACGAGAGUGAACGCGAUGAGGCGGAAGGCGACGAAAGUGAACUCAAUUCGGAAGAUAGUGGCGAAGAAGAUACCGCAGAUCCGGAAUUGCAGCCGAUUAAACAACCUUGCAUCUUGAUAUUUGAUUCGUUGUGCGGAACAUCACGUAGUCGAGUCGUUGCAACUCUCCGUGAUUACCUGACAUGCGAAUAUCGCGCGAAAAAUGCAAAUGCUAACCCGCCAAUUGUGUUCACGAAGGAUAAUUUGCCGGGACAUUGUCUGAAAGUUCCUCAACAAAACAAUUUCACGGAUUGUGGGCUGUAUUUGCUGCAAUAUGUAGAAGAAUUUUAUGCGAAUCCCAUCAAAGAUUGGCGCCUCCCGAUCAAAGGACUCCAAAAUUGGUUCGACGCAUUGACAGUGACCAAAAAACGUGAAGAUAUCUCAAAGCUGCUGGAAGAAUUGAUUCAAAAACAUGAGCCACAAAACCUGCCAUUGCCGAUUUUAGAAUUUCCGACCAAAGAUGGUGUCCUUAUUGAAAUGGAUGAAACGGCGGAAUUCGAAGAAGCUGAAACAGAUCCGGGUGAAGGGGAAACCGGCGACGAAGACGGAGGCCAACCAAAGCGACGAAAAACAAACGAAAUGACGACAUAAUAUUUUCCGUACUGAAGUUGUACAAAGCAAAAUCACUCAUAAACUCAUCGGAGAUGCAAACAAAAUAAUAAUUUAUCAUCGACAUUCACCUUACUUAGAUAGAAGGACCAUUGGUACCAAUUUUUUUAUUAUAGCAAACUCACACACACACACAUAUACCAUACGGGACUUUGUGAUUACUUGUAAAGUUAGUUUUCUUAAUUAUAAUUAAUUAUUAUUAAAAGAGAAACAAAUUGUUGAAAUUCUUGUUCAUAUGAAACUUUUUGAAAGAAAAAUUAAAUUUUCAAUACAAAAGUGUAAAAUUUUUUUGAAAAAUUCUCUUUUAUUUCUUUGAAUAAAAAACAUCAAUUGCGUUCAA